AGCGAGUGCAUCGCAACGCAUGUCAUCUCUCCCCCUUUGUCUCCUCCCUGGCCACCUGCUCUCUUUGCCUUCUUUUCUCUAGUUCUCUCGCACUCUAUUUUACGCUCUUUGCUUUUUAUUCCCCCACAGACCGCCAGCAUCACUAUGCCUGGUGCAAGCUUCAGCCUAGCGUCGCUAGCGUACAUGGCGCUACUGCUUGUGGGGGCCGCUGAGGCCCACCUGAAGCCAGUACCUCGGUUCCACCACAAACCACCGGUGCGUCGACGUGACCAAGUCUAUUGACAGAAAAGACCCAUUCUGGAAGGACCUGCGCUCGUCAUCGCAAUUCACGAUGCCACCGCUAGCGCAGCACUCGUCUGUAUACGACCGCCUGAACCAUGUCAUCGUGCCGUAUGGCGGGCAGACCGUGGUGGGCUUUUCGGCGGUCAACCGCAUGUCGGUGUUCUGCUCAAUGUACCAGGCAUGGGGCGCAUCGACAUUUAUUGACAGCGCGCCGCGGCGGUAUACACACACGGCUGUGUUGCAGGAGCGCUCGGGCGACAUGAUUAUUUUCGGAGGCGCCAGCGACGAAACCACCAACGGACAGGGCUUUGCACGCUGGACUAACCCGAUCCGGAUGGUCCUUGACAGUUACCGGCACUCGCACUAUGCGAGGAUUCUCGGUAAGGAUGACACGCCAGUCAAGGCCAGCACCAUCAAGGAGGAUGAUGGCGAGGCUCCGCCUGCUGGUAUUUCGCAAGUUAACCAGCAUGCUGCGGUUAUUUUCAACGACAAGGAUAUGGUUAUUGUUGGAGGCAGCGUUUGGGAGCAGGACACCAACACUGCCACCAAUGUCCCGAUGGACAAAAUACACGCAUAUGACGUCGAUACACGCACUUGGUCUACGCACAAGUGCGGUGGCCAAGUCCCGCCUGGGCGCGGCGCGAUGCCUGGCUCGCGUUACAAGGACUCGCUGUUCAUAUUUGGUGGAGUCAAUGUGUCCAACUGGGGGAUGUUGUACAAUGACCUGUACAUGCUCAAUACUUCGACAUGGACGUGGAAACGGAUGCCGACUCCUGGUGCGCCGACAGAAAGGUACGCGCACGAUAUGAAAACACUAGGUCACUACCUCAUCAUCACAAACGGAUUCCUGGGUAACCAAGGAGACGAGGGCAUCUAUUUCUACGACAUCAAGCGAGAGACCUUCGUCGACACGUACUCACCUGACGGCAUUUCACGCGAGGACCUAGAUGUCCACUGGUACAUAGAGGCCACUGGCAAGACCAAAGGCGUCAUGGGUAUCCAAAUGGCCCUUCUUGUGAUUGUUGGAGCCAUAGCGCUGUACUAUUUGAGUCGCGAGUGCUGGAAGCUGGUAUCCAAGCGGCCCAGAGCCAACUCCCGAGUGAAUGCGCGGGCAAAUGCUGCGCGCAACCGUAUCCGCUCAAUGGUCAAGAGCUAUGCCGAAGGCAGCAGGAGCUCCGACUACUACCCAAACGACGAGUACGUCGAAGACGAAAAAGCCACCAUCAUUGCGCGCGGCAUCCGCCCCAGUGCCGACGCGUCUCGUCCUGGCUCAUCUGUCAACCCUCUGGGAUCGAUAGCCAACCCAAUUGACAAGAUUCUGCGGUCUGCUGACGGCAGUUCAAAGCACCCGAGUGACCUUGCGUCAUCGUCGGACGGUGCCACGACCACUGUGGCUGGAAGCAAUAGCCGUCCAAGCGUCACGUUUAGACGCCUACGCACUGACCGAGAGACCUUGUCGGCGGCCAGCAACAACAUGCGCCAUACGCGUGUAAUCGACGAUAGCGAUAGCAAUGAACCGUAUCUUUCCCGUAGGCUGACGAUUUCAGAAAGAGGGCCCAUGUUCAGGGCGCGUCGUGGCACUGGCGUUCAGAGCAAUGCCGGUGGCAUUAUCGAAGAGGAGGAGAACGAGGUAGAUAGCGACCAGGAGUAUGCCCAGAUUGAAGCCGAGUUGGCAGGCGAUGGUCCCAGCAAUGCUAUCCAGCUGGAGGAUGUCGCAUUGGAUCUGCCAAUGGCCCGGCCAGACUCCAGCACUGUCAACGGUGCCGAAGGCACACGUCUGUCCGUUGUGAACGAGAACUCGUUUGCAAUCGCUAACCAGAAUUGAGUGUGCAUCUGUGAGUUCCUGAACAUAUAUAUCGCCUAUGACCACCUUCCUACUUUGCUCUCUUUCUCUCUCGUUUCUCCGGUUCUGCUCCUUGUUUAUUAAAUUUCCGU